AUGAUGACGUUCGCUUCAAAUGAUGAAAAUCAAAACGUGGAAGAAACACUCCCCCUCAAAUAUGCGCACCUUGGUAAUCACAUUUGUGAAAACGGCGGAAAAAACGACAAUGAAAUCACUAACCCGAAAGAAAUUAGCAAAGAGGGCAAAUCCCACCGCCGAUGGUCCUGCAACGAAUUCAUGGCGGAAGUGAAAAGCCUCCGUUUCUUGGCCGCUCCUCUAAUCACUAUCAAUCUGUCACAGUAUUUCUUGCUAGUCAUAUCGCUCACAAUGGUGGGUCACAUCGGAGAUCAACUCUCGCUUUCCAGCUCUGCCAUCGCCAUCUCUUUCGCCAGCGUCACGGGCUUUAGCCCCACUUGUGGAAUUGCAAGUGCCUUGGAGACACUAUGCGGUCAAGCUUACGGAGCCAAGCAGUACCGACAAUUUGGGGUUCGAGUCCAGACGGCAGUAUUCUCUGUCAAUUUUGUGUGCGUUCCAAUAUCAGUGUUGUGGAUUUACAUGGAGGAUUUGCUCUUAUUGAUCGGCCAAAACCCAUUGAUUUCCCACGAGGCUGGACAAUUUGCAAUUUGCUUGAUUCCCGCACUCUUCGCCUACGCCACGUUGCAAGCCUUGGUCCGCUACUUCCAGAUGCAGAGUUUGACGAAUCCCUUGAUCACGAGCUCCACUCUUACCCUAUGCUUUCACAUUAUCCUCUGCUGGGUAUUAGUCUUCGGUGCAGGGCUUGGUAGCCAUGGUGCUGCUUUUGCAAUUGGGAUUUCGUAUUGGUUCAACGUCAUUCUACUCUCGCUCCACAUGUUCUCCCCAGAGUGUGACAAAACCAGAGUCCCCUUGUCCAUGGAGCUCAUUCAAGGAGUAGGGGAAUUCUUCCGCUAUGCAAUUCCUUCUGCUGGAAUGAUUUGCCUAGAAUGGUGGUCAUUCGAGUUACUCAUAUUCAUGUCGGGCUUGUUACCGGACCCUAAGCUUGAGACCUCGGUCCUCUCGUUAUGCCUAGCAACCAUGGCGACAGUCUAUACGAUACCUGAAGGCAUUGGGGCCGCAGCAAGCACAAGAGUAUCCAACGAAUUGGGUGCCGGGAACCCUGGAGCAGCAUGUGUGUCAGUGAGCGCUUCAGUGUUCCUCGCGUGUGCCCUAGCACUGACGGUAAGCUCAGUGAUGUACGCUUGCAGACAUGUAUUGGGCCAUGUUUUCAGCAAUGAUGAGGAAGUUGUAGAAUAUGUGACAACAAUGGCUCCUUUGAUAUGUUUAUCUGUCAUACUAGACAGUGUUCGGGUGACACUGUCAGGGGUUGCUAGGGGAUGCGGUUGGCAAAACCUGGGUGCUUAUGUCAAUCUCACGGCAUACUACAUUUGUGGAGUUCCCCUUUCAGCCAUCCUGGGGUUCUGGAUGCAAUUGAGGGGGCCAGGACUAUGGAUCGGGAUUCAAAUUGGUUCACUUUUGCAGAACAUUUUGUUAAUUGUGAUAACAUGUCGCACAGAUUGGGAAAAAGAGGCCAACAAGGCAAUUGAAAGAGCACUUGAUAGAAGCCCUGCUGAGAAAUGGGGUAGCAAGAACGAAGGGUAUCAGCUAGCUGACCACUGUGUGGUUGUGAAAAUUGAUAUGAACUGCAACACAGACUCUGAAAAAUGAGCUUCAAAGUUUUGAAGUAUAGAUGAGGAUGAAAGAAAACAAUACCCAGAGGAUGCAGAUCCUUGCUGAUAUAUAUACUUGGGGAGGAAAUGUGUGGACACAAAACAGUAUUGUUACUUGGUGGUAUCAAGUUCUAUAAAAACAUGAAAUGGUACAAUACAGGGGGAACAAGGAAGAAGCUAUCCCGAAUAAAAUCGGAUUCAGUGACAUGAUCACGUGAAGCAACAACUUUGUGUUGUGUCAGCAUGUGUCAAUUCUAUUUUUGUAUUUGUAAUGUGUCUUCCUCAUGAUGAAAUCUAUCAACAUUUUGGAAGCAUCGAAUUACAAUAAUUUCUACUUGAUGUUGUGAGAGGUAGUAUAACAGACGC